AAACGAAACACACCUACGAUGUUGCUACUGUGCGUGCUUGGGAUGAAUUAAAGCCGUGGAUGCUUCUGGUAGACGAGAAAACACUCAUAAUUGAGAAUCGGGGAAGAUAGACUCACACAGUGGGGCUUCUAUCAGCGAGAUAGAUUAUUGCGUUUCGUGGCGGAGAGAGAGUCAUAAACCCUAGCAUACGAAACCCUAAUUUUGGUGUCAUUACUUCUACAGAUCAUCGGGAUAGCUAUUGGGUUAGGGUUUCGCCAGCAAUCUCAAGAUGAACAAAUUGGGCAGAGGACAUCGCGACAAGGUUCAACAGUUCAUGACAAUUACUGGGGCAAGUGAAAAAGUUGCUCUUCAAUCCUUGAAGGCCAGUGAUUGGCAUCUUGAUGGAGCAUUUGAUGUAUUCUACAGUCAGCCUCACCCCAAAUCGUUCACAGAUACAAAACACUUAGAGGAAAUGUACAAUAGAUACAAAGAUCCUUAUGCUGAUAUGAUUAUGGCUGAUGGUAUUAGCACCCUCUGCAAUGAUCUUCAGGUGGAUCCUCAAGAUAUUGUUAUGUUGGUUGUUUCGUGGCACAUGAAGGCUGCUACCAUGUGUGAAUUCACAAAGCAAGAAUUUGUUGGUGGAUUGCAAUCCCUUGGGAUAGAUUCACUUGAGAAGUUCCGUGAACGGAUACCAUUUAUGCGUUCCGAGCUCAAAGAUGAUCACAAAUUCAAGGAGAUUUAUAUUUUUGCAUUCGGAUGGGCAAAGGAGAAGGGUCAAAAGUCUCUGGCAUUGGAUACAGCAAUAGGAAUGUGGCAAUUGUUGUUUGAAGAAAAGGAGUGGCCAUUGGUUGAUCAUUGGUGCCAAUUUUUACAGGCACGCCAUAAUAAAGCUAUUUCUCGUGACACAUGGUCUCAACUACUGGAAUUUGCAAGAAGUGUGGACCCCACACUGGCGAAUUAUGAUGCUGAAGGGUCGAGUCCUGUGAUUGUGAAUUUCUUAUUUUCUCUUUCUUGCACUUUAUAUGUUUCACUGUUUAUCCUCUCCCCACAACCGUUAACAAUACUCUUAUACUAUGAACAUGAGGGCAUUUCAGUCUUUUCUCCCAUGUGUGAGAGAUGA